UUGCAUACCACUGGGGUAUUAUGCAGUUCAUGUUGAACAUGCAACAAAGUAUAACUAGAUCUCUGAUGCUUACUAUGCCUACAUUUAAAAAAAAAUUAUUUAAAGCCUAUACUCCAAUGAGCUGCAUUGAGGCAGAAUGUUUAUGUAUUUACUUCAACUUUGUAGGGAUAAAAAGAAUCCAAAGUUCAAUUCUCCAAAUAUGUACACAAAUACUAUUAUUUUUUUUUACUUCCUUCGAUGAAGAGUGGAUUUAGGAAUAUGAAGUUACACCUAUCCUUUCUGUUGAUGCUGCUUUCCAUGAACAUAGUCUGGGGUGAUGAACACUUUUAUCCUGAACGACAUCAGCAACACCAAUCGAGUGCACCAAUCAAAGGACCACCUUUUCUGCCUUUCAGCGUAAAAAAUCCUGAUUCACAGGCAAGGGGAGAACAAGGCCCUCAAGGCCCAGCAGGCCCUCCUGGCCCUAGAGGCUUCCCAGGACCUCCAGGAGAACCAGGAAAACCAAGCUAUGGAAGCCAAGGGCCUCCAGGACCUGCAGGACCCCCAGGACUUUCAGCGGUGGGAAAGCCAGGCACCCCAGGCUUGCCAGGAAGACCAGGAGACAAAGGAUUCCCUGGUGAAAAAGGAAGCAUGGGGUCUGCUGGUCUUCCAGGGCCAAGAGGUUCCCCGGGAGCCCCUGGUCCUACAGGAAUUUCUAUGGCGGGGAAGCAAGGACUCCCAGGACCUCAAGGACUAAGAGGCGUCCCUGGGGAAAAAGGUGUCCCGGGCGCUCCUGGUAUCAAAGGGCAAAAGGGAGAAUACAGGUAUGGGGUUCCAGGUCGUCCAGGGGAUAAAGGCCUGCCAGGACCACAGGGGCCUCCAGGACAACCAGGGAUAGGAAGGCCUGGGGAAAGGGGGUUUCCAGGGCAACCAGGUGUUAAAGGGGACAAGGGUUUACCAGGCUUACCAGGACCAGUUGGACUUCCAGGUCCCCAGGGCUCUCCCGGGAGAGCUGGGAUGCCUGGAAAAGGACUCCCUGGCUCCAGUGGAUCACCUGGCCUCCCAGGAACCCCUGGGGCAAAAGGACCUCCAGGUCCUCCAGGCUCAACUGGGCCCUCUGGUCUCCCAGGAUUCGGAAAACCUGGACUGCCAGGGAUGAAGGGAUAUAGGGGGCCUGAAGGAUUCCCUGGUGGUCCAGGAACCAAGGGAGAACAAGGCCCAGCUGGUAUCCCUGGAAGACCUGGAGCAGUCGGGCCACCUGGGGAAACAGGUCCUCGAGGGCUGAGAGGUGGCACUGGUGCAAGUGGCAGACCUGGGCUCAAAGGGGAAAGAGGUCCAACUGGUCCAUCAGGAUUGCCGGGGAUUAAGGGAGAAAGAGGCUUUCCAGGAUUGGAAGGCAGAUCAGGGAAGCCAGGAUUUCCUGGAUCCAAAGGCUUUCCAGGUGUGGUAGGAUCCAAAGGAGAUCCAGGCCCCGCUGGGCCAUCUGGUUUACCUGGACCAAUGGGCUCACCAGGACCUAAAGGUGCAGCAGGAAUCAGUGGUGGGCCAGGUCCUAGAGGAUCACCUGGAAUACCUGGUAUAAGGGGACCAGUUGGCCCUUCAGGUAUUCCAGGACUCCGUGGAGGCAAAGGGGAUCCAGGUGCACCGGGAUUACCAGGUCCAGCUGGAAUUUCAUCAAAAGGUGCAGAUGGACCUAUGGGACCAGUUGGCCUUCCAGGUUCCAAAGGCCACCCUGGAGAGCCUGGAUUGCCAGGCCCCCCUGGUCCUCCAGGCCAAGCCCUGGCAGGAGUGCCAGUUAUAAAAUCUGGUGCCACUCAAGGUCUCACUGGCCAGCCAGUGUCCGCUUUCACUGCCAUUCUCUCCAAAGCUUACCCUGCAUCUGCCUCUCCUAUCCGAUUUGAUAUAAUUUUGUACAACAAGCAACAACACUAUGACCCUAGAUCAGGCAUCUUCACCUGCAGGAUACCAGGGCUUUACUACUUCGCUUAUCAUGUUCAUGUCAAAGGCACACAUGUUUGGGUUGGCCUGUACAAGAAUGGCUCACCCAUCAUGUACACAUUUGAUGAGUACAAGAAAGGGUACCUUGAUCAGGCUUCUGGUAGUGCUGUGGUUGAUCUCAUGGAAAAUGAUCAAGUCUGGUUACAGCUGCCCAACAAUGACACAAAUGGCCUUUAUUCUUCAGAAUAUGUCCAUUCCUCUUUCUCAGGUUUCUUAUUUGCACAAAUGUAAUAUUCAGCAUAACAGAAAAACGCAUCCAGGUAUAUGUGUAUGUAGUUCUACAUAUACAAUGGAAUUCACGAAAUUAAACCCGAAUACAACAUUACAUUUCUAAAGUUCAUAAUUUUAAAAAAAAUAAAAAAAAAUUAUUCACAAGGUACAAUCAUACUAUAUGGCAACACUGAGAAAUGCAUUUUACUUGCCCACAUACUGAAAAGCUAAUUAAGAUGAUUUCUACCAAGAUUAUUCCCC